AUGCUCUCUCGUACUCGUGUCGCAGCUCGCCAGCUCCGCGUCCAGAUUAACGCAUCGCGCGCCGUCUCUGUCUGGGCAAACGUCCCCGCCGGUCCCCCCGACCCCAUCCUGGGCAUCACCGAGGCGUUCAAGCGCGACACGGACUCCAAGAAGAUCAACUUGGGCGUCGGUGCUUACCGCGACGCUGACGGCAAGCCCUACGUUCUCCCUUCCGUCCUUGCCGCUGAGGACAAGGUCAUUGGCGAGCGCAAGGACAAGGAGUACCUCCCCAUUACUGGCUUGGGCGAAUUCACCAAGGCCGCUGCCGUUCUCGCUUACGGCGAGGACAGCAAGCCGUUGAAGGAGGGCCGCGUCGCGAUCACCCAGUCCCUCUCCGGCACCGGUGCCCUCCGCAUCGCCGGCGCCUUCCUCGCUCGCCACUACCCCCACUCGAAGACGAUCUACCUCCCCGCGCCGACUUGGGGAAACCACAUCCCCAUCUUCAAGGACUCGGGUCUCGAGGUCAAGACCUACUCGUACUACGACAAGAACACCGUCGGACUCGACUUUGAGGGAUUGAAGAAGGACUUGCAGGCCGCGCCGAACAAGUCGAUUGUCCUCCUCCACGCCUGCGCGCACAACCCGACCGGCAUCGACCCGAGUCAGGAGCAAUGGCGCGAGAUCUCCCAGCUCAUCAAGGAGAAGGAGCACUUCCCCUUGAUCGACAACGCCUACCUCGGAUUCGCCUCGGGAUCGGUCGACAACGACGCGUUCAUGCUCCGCCACUUUGUCGAGCAAGGACACCAGCUCGUCUUGUGCCAGUCAUUUGCGAAGAACAUGGGCCUGUACGGAGAGCGUGUCGGCACGUUUUCGGUUGUCUGCGCCGACCCGGAGGAGAAGGCCCGCGUUGACUCGCAGAUCAAGAUCCUCGUCCGCCCGAUGUACUCGAACCCUCCCGUCCACGGUGCCCGCGUCGCCUCGACCCUCCUGACCGACCCCAAGCUCAACGCGCAGUGGCUCGCCGAGGUCAAGGGCAUGGCUGACCGCAUCAUCGACAUGCGCUCGACCUUGUACGACCUCCUCAAGGAGCUUGGCAGCAAGCGCGAGUGGGGACACAUCAAGAACCAGAUUGGCAUGUUCGCUUACCUUGGCAUCUCGCCGGAGCAAGUCGACCGCCUCGCCAAGGAGCACCACGUCUACCUCACCCGCGACGGCCGCAUCUCGGUCGCAGGUAUCACCAAGCACAACGUCCGCCACCUCGCCGAGUCUCUCCACGAGGUCACCAAGAACGACGCGUAG